GUAAGUCAUGCUCGCUUUUCAUGCUGCUCUUUUCAAGUCUCACAGCUCGCUAUGCUGUCCCAGAAGGAGAAAGAGCUACUUGCAACUGCAUGGCGAGGACUGACUCCCGCCGCUGGAUACCUUGGAUCGGACGCGCUCCUUAGAAUGUUUACGACCUUCCCCGGAAGCAAGACCUACUUUUCCCAUCUCGACAUUAGUCCUGGCUCCGCCCACCUUUUCAGCCACGGGGAAAAGAUUGUCCUGGCCAUCGCUGAGGGAGCCCAGGAUAUCAGUCAGCUGACAGUCACACUGGCCCCUCUGCAGACCUUGCAUGCCUACCUGCUUCGUAUCGACCCGUCUAACUUCAAGCUUCUGUCACACUGUAUGCUCGUCGCCUUGGCCGUUCACAUGGGGGAGGACUUCACACCGGUUUUACACGCCGUAAUGGACAAGUACCUGUCGGCCUUUGCAGCAGUACUUGCUGAGAAAUACAGAUGAGACUCGGCAAACUUACAUCACCACCACUUUGUCUAUUAAAUAUAUUUAAGUAUUGUUUCAUGUUUUGUUAUAAUAAAACAAGUAAAAACCA